GCGCCCGGCCUCCGGACGGGUGACACGUGUGUUAAUUUGCGUCUUCGCGCUGCUCGAACUAACCUAACCAGUCGACCGCGUCUCCCACUAACACUACACACCUCUCUCUGUUCCUGUUACAUCAGCCGAACUCAAAUUUAAAUUCAGGUCCAGUCGUAAGCGAAUAAAGAACUCAAAAUGGCGGCGUUCGUAGCCAAACAGAUGGUUGGAAACAAACUCAGCGCUGUAAAAGGCGCGGUUGGUGGUGAUGGAGACGACAGCGAUGAUAAGGAGAAGGAAGAAGAGGCGGAACGUGAACGUCAAGAGGCGAUCCGUGAAGCCGAGGAGAGACGCAAGGAGAAGCAUCGCAAGAUGGAAGAGGAGCGGGAGAAGAUGAGACAGGAGAUCAGGGAUAAGUACAAAAUCCCAAAGAAAGAAGAGAUAGCGGAACAACAGCAGCAGGAGCCAGACAACCCCUUGAUGAGGAAGAAGAAGACACCGGAGGAGUUGGCGGCCGAGGCGGAGCUGGAGGACCAGGACGAGUUUACUAAAUUGAAAAACACCAUCGAAACGCAAGUAAACGAACUCAAGUCCCAGAUCGAGAGCAAGUGCGUGAUGCAGUGAAGACGUCCCGCUCCUUACAUUACCCGAAUACAUGAUGUAGCUGUGCAACCAUUGUGACCGUACCAUACCGUACCCCCGCAACCAUUUCGAGAAUCAUUCGCGCUGACAUUCACAUAGGAAAGAUUCGAGAUUCUGCAAUAUUUCGAAACGUAGUUGGCUAGUGGCGCGUUGGUGCUUGAUAAUAAGCAAUAAUAUUUUUAUACAUUCAUUGAAAGCGACGAGCGGCCAUCGACACAACCGACAAGGAGUCUUAUAUGUUGACGCUUGUGAUAUAUUGUUAUUUAAGUGUAAAGUGAAUUAAAAAAAAAAAGUAAAUAUAAAAUACAAACUAGAA